GAGGCAGAGCAUUAAUUCCCCCAGUGUGACAGCUGCUCUCUUAUUUAAUGGGGGUCUCUGGUCAGAAGGGCUCAGAAGAGCCACCAGGAGAGCCACAGCAUGACUGAGGAGCUGGGGCUGGGCUUCGAGGAAGCAGCCAGAGUGGAGAUGCCAGAGGCCAGGGCCAGGCUAGGCGCCAGCAACAAAACAUGCUUGGCUCUUGUCUGCUGCCUGUUGUCGUUUUCCAUCCUCGCAGGACUUAGCACCUUCCUGAUGCUUGGCCAGCUCCGGGCCCCUGGAAAAGACUGUGUGCUGAGGGCUAUAACAGAAGAGAAGUCUGAACCUUCACCACAGCCAGUUUACACGCCUUCCAGAGCUAAGCCACGGGCACACCUGACAAUUCUUAAACAAACUCCAGUGCCACAUCUGAAAAAUCAGUUCCCCGCCCUGCACUGGGAGCAUGAACUAGGUUUGGCAUUUACCAAGAACCGGAUGAACUACACCAACAAAUUCCUGGUGAUCCCAGAGUCGGGAGACUAUUUCAUUUACUCCCAGAUCACAUUCCGAGGGCUCAAAUCCAGGUGUGGCGACACCAGCCAAGGGAGACAACCAAACAGGCCAGAAUCCAUCAUUGUGGUAAUCACCAAGGUAACAGACAACUACCCGGAGCCUGCCCACCUCCUCACAGGGACCAAGUCUGUGUGUGAAAUAAGCAGCAACUGGUUUCAGCCCCUCUACCUUGGGGCUAUGUUCUCCCUGGAAGAAGGGGACAGGCUGAUGGUCAAUGUCAGUGACAUCUCCUUGGUGGAUUACACAAAAGAAGAUAAAACUUUCUUUGGAGCCUUCUUGCUAUAAGGGGAAAGCAACCAUAAUCAUGCAGAACCUCCUUGCCUCCUACUUUCCAAUUUUCUUUGCUCGUAUGGAACUAUAAUCAGGAGCUUGGGGAUAUCAGGGAUUGGGGACAGUGGUUUAGCUACAUAACUUAGGAACCCAAAAUUGAUCUUCUAUAUACCUUAUGGUCUGAGACAGUAAAUAGAAAAUUCAGAAGAGCUCAUAUUUGGCAGAGCUGGGUUUUAAAAGCUGAGACGCCCAUCUCCAAUGGCGCAAUCCACUGCUCUCAGGACGUGGUGUUUCCAGGUGCCCUCUUUCCUGUUCGUCGGUCAGUGGAGGAUGCUUAGUCAGUGAUUCCAGUCUGGCUCCAUGGUCAGAAACGGAGAAUGACUGUGUCUGUCUCCGUGGUGCAUGAGCACGUCAAGCAACACAGACUUACUGAAGAGGGCUUGUCCAAAGCAGCCAGAGUGACCCGCUCACCUCCUCCACCAAACCCAAGCUUUGUGUCAUGGCCUUCAGGGCUGCCCAUGGGUGAUCUGGAUGGCUUGGAAGCUUACCCAAGACAGGGAUCUCCUGGCAUCCUGAGAUGUUACGGCUCUGGAAAGAUUCCCACCAGGUGUUCACUUUGCUCCUGAUUGAUGAAAACUGGAGCUCAUAAUUUCUCUCUCUCUCUCUCUCUCUCUCUCUCUCUCUCUCUCUCUCUCUCUCUCUCUCUCUCUCUCUCUCUCUCUCUCUCUCUCUCUCUCCCUGCAACUUUCUAGCCAGCCAAGCUACUCAAAUUGGUGAGCCCCAGGUUCAGUGUGUGUGUGUGUGUAUACAUAUAUACAUAUGUAUAUAUGUAUAUAUAUCAAACAUUUUUGAUUGAACUGAAACGAGCCCUUCUGUUUCCAAGGUGCUGUUCCGACAGCGAAUAUGAGGCUACUGCUUUUAAAAGCAAGACAUGUGAUGGAGUCAGGGAUGGUGGUACACAUCUGUAAUCCCACCAUGUGGGAGACUGAGCCAGGAGGAUUGCCAUGAGUUUGAGGACAACCUGAGCUAAGCAGUAAUUUUCAGGCAAGCCUGGGCUAUCUUAAAAUAAAGAACCUUAUCUUAAAUUAAAAUAAAAAAUAGAACACAGGCUGGUCCUUAAAGAUAAAGUAAUAUAUUCAAGGAUUUGGGAAAGGGGCAUGUGGUUUGGAAAAUGAUUAAUUUAGUGAGAAAUGCUUUUCGGGUUAAAUGCUUCUCAAAGGCUGCUGAGCUCAAAUCGAUUCCAUAAACAUUUAUUUAGAGUGUACUUGCCCUGGAGACAGAGAAAUAAAUUAUUUUGGUCUCAGAUCCACUCAUUCUAACAGAUUGGCAUUGCCAUUGCCUGUGGAGCUUUUAAUCACUCUGGAUGUAUUAGCUAAUUAAUUAGGUAACUUGAGACAAUUGGUAUUCUCUUAUUAUGAAUAUGGGCACCAUUUGAUGAAGAUGACCAUUAACAAAAUGAUUUGUAUUUCCUCUUGAGCGUUUUUUUUUUAUAAAAGCUAUGCAAGGGCAGCCUCCAUAAAUAAAUGAGAGAGGAAUGUCAGGUUACAAUUCCCUAUGGCGAGACCCAGCAUUGAAACAACAAACAAAAAGUUGUUAUUUACCGGCCUGAAAUUUAACACAAACACCUUUAAAAAUGCUAGAACUUUAUGGAUGCCUGGAGGUGAGGAAAUGCCCAUGUACCCAGCAAAUGCCAUAAUCAGCAUUCAUAGGUCACUUGAAUUUUGACCUUGGCUUUAUAUCCAUUUGACAAAACACAAUUGCUAGGCUGUAUUUCUGAGGUUAUUUUUGCUGUUUUACUAAGGCAAAGUGGGAAAUGGGAAAGUGUAGUUUUAGCACUUCAUGUCCUGAAACAUAAUCGGGUUCCACUCAUGCCAGAGCCCUUGGAUCCAUUUCAGUGCAAGCUAUGUCACUCCAAAGGAAAUUCCAGUUCUGUGCUUGUCAGCAUAGAUUACAGGAGUCCACGAGUACACUGUGCACAAGGCACGGCCCUUGCCAGCGCUCUUUUGCAUGCCAUUUCUCUCAAGUCCUUACUCAAUCAGGUUUCCAUGAUUGUGACACUGGGGAUUAAUUUCUAGAGCAGGUUUGUUUAUAUUCUGUCCCUUGCAAAAUACAUGCAGAUACGUCUGGCCUCAAAAAUCCCCUGGUUUUUAGGGCUUAGCAUCCUGGGAGUGUUUUGCUGCUUUCCAUAGUAUUUAUUUAAAUCUGCAUUAUUGUCCUGAAUAUUAGCAUAAUUAUAACAUAUUGGCUUAUAGUCUUUGAAGGAUUCAGUGAGCCCUUUGAUAGUGGUGACAGUAUUAGAUCAGAGUAGCAACACUGAUGCUUGGCCUACUCUAUUAUCCUCAAAACUUUCUGAUCUCUGUGAUACAUUUGCCUCUUCCAUCUACCCAUCUUGAGGAAACUCAGAAGCCCAAAUUGCAGCUACUUUUCCAGAGCUACACAGUGUGUUAAUAGAAAAGCCAGAGCUAGAUGUUUUGUCUUCCAACCCUCUACUCUUGGCAAGUGACACUCAAUUUGACACAAUUGGAGGAGAAAUUGAAGAAAGGCAGACGAAGUAUCUUUGGCUGCCUGAGGGGUAAUGUAAAAGAGUAAGGAGACUGUUUACAUAUGGUGUCCAUACCUAAACCAGUUUUCUGCCCCCAAGUAGACUUUUUUGCCUGGUAGUGAUUGGUCAUUCUCUGGAGAGAGUCAAGCAAAAAGAGAGUUUUGUAGAAGCCAUUGCAUCAUGGAGGUCAGAGGAGGGAUUGAGUCAAAUGAUUCCCUUUUCCAGAUCUGUGACCAUGUGGCCACCCAGAAUUUGGUGGUUCCCGUUGAGCUAGAAGAGUUAACUCUCACUCCAGCCAUCAACUCUGGAGUCAUGGCCAGUAGAGAAAGUGCUACAGAGUUUAUCUAUCCAAACUUGUAUCGCUUCGAGAAUGAAGGAACACAGGCUAGGAGAGGUAACAUAGCUUAGUGCUGGGCAGUAGCUUGAAGGAGUGUUAAGACAAAACUCAGCUUCGUGUUCCCUGAUUCCAUGCUCAGCAGCCUUUUAAUUUGAUCUGUGAAUUGUUGACUAACUUGGGGGUUUUAUUUUAUUUUUUAAUUUUUGGAGCACACCUAGAUGCUUUCAAGACUAGAGGGUCAGUGACAGGCGAGUCCAGCUCUGCUGUGUGCACACAGGGGGAAAGAGACUCACAGUAAUGAGUAAACAGAAUAGUGAGUGUACGUGAUUUUAGUCUUAAAGUGAUUAAGACACACCAUUUUCCCCUCUUUUGUCUCAGAGGGCAUACAGGCUGAACAAAUGUGUGUGUUUGCCUGAUUUUAGUGAUAAGCCCUAUGUGCUUUCAUUGGUUGUAUGUUUUAUGUUAAAACGUCACAACACCAUGGUAAAAUGCAUAUUGUAUGUUGUUGGGUAUGUGAUUAACUAGUAUGCAUCCCAUGUUUGAAUUCUAAUUUCUGUAAAUGAAAGAUUAUAUAUGUUAACAUAUAUAAUAAUUGUAAUUUAAUAAACUGGCAUUGA